UUCAUUUACAGCCGCGUAUAACGUGGACCGGCACAUAGGUAAGAUAAGAGCUCUGACAGUCAGUCACUCAUCCCUAAAAGAGGGCAGAAGUAACUGGACAGGCAGAGUCAAACCACCCGACGCGCCCCCACACCCAUACCAGAUUCAACAGUUGGAGCAUUUUUUGGCAAAGACGCGCAGGGACAGCAGCGCACCGACCACACUUGGACCUGCCAGUUCACCUACAUUAAACAACAAACUCCCUGCAGCCUAACAUGGAGCGUAAGAUCCCCGAUUUCGCCGGCACCUGGGAGAUGAAGAGUUCUGAAAACUUCGAGGAACUCUUGAAAGCGCUGGGUGUGAACAUGAUGCUGCGUAUGAUUGCGGUGAAGGCAGCCUCCAAGCCACUGGUGGAGAUCACGCAGGACGGCGAGACGCUGUCCAUUAAAACCUCAACCACAGUCCGCACCACCCACAUCACUUUCACUGUGGGGAAGGAGUUCAAUGAGGCCACGGUGGACGGACGUCCCUGCACAAGUUUUCCACGUUGGGAAACCGACAGUAAGAUCAGCUGUGAGCAGACUCUGCAGAAAGGAGAAGGGCCUAAGACAUCCUGGACACGAGAGAUCACCAAUGAUGGCAAGCUCAUUCUGACCAUGACAGCAGACGAUGUGAUAUGCACCAGAGUCUAUGAACGACAAUGAACAAGAGCACUUCUCACUUUUCGUCCUUCCAGCACCCCUCUCCUGCAUCACCGCUUGCAUCACUACUCCCCUUUGUUAAGGCAGCGCUGGGAGAUAGCAGUCUAUAGUUUUAUUCCACAAUCUCUGUUAGCUUCACUAUGUAAUAAGUGUGGUAAUUGUAUCUAGUAUGUCACAUAUCUACAAUGGUCUUAGCUUCUGAGUUAUCUGUCUGCCUCUCCAGCUCCAUCAAACGUGACCAGCUGGGUUUUAAACAUGAAAAUGUAUGUUGCAUUGUAUGUGGUAUUUGCUAAAUGACAGCUCAUUUAUUUGGCAUUGUGUGCGAGUGUGUGCGUGCGUGCGUGCGUGCGUGCAUGUGUAUGUGUGUGUGAGUUUGUGUGGCAGCAGACGAAGUGUGAGACUAUAUUUGUAGAUGUGUAAACCAAUCUUUGAGCUCUUCCAGUUUCAGGUCAGUUUUGAUGUGUCCCUGCUCUCUGUUCCUUUAGCUCUGCCCAUCUCACAAUGAUUUUAUAUUUAUUACUACACUAGGAGUCAGAUACAGUACUGUAAGUUUUUACUUUGUGUCUCUUUUAUAUGAAAUGUGAUCAUAGGAAACAACACUUUCUAUGGGAAACAAUAAAGCACGAUAUUAACUCA